AAAAAAUAUGGCUGAAUGUUAUUAAGAACUGUUAAAGUUGUAGUUGUUUUCUCAGUGUUUUUAUCAAUAAAAACAUUUAACAAAUUAAUGUAAUCUAUUUUAUUAUUAAAAAUACUGAAAAAUAUAUACACCAUUUAUAAAUGAGGAGACAAUCGUGUAAAAUCGAGUAAAAAAAUAGUUUAUGUGAAAUGUUUGCCUACAUGCGAAAAUCUGCAAAUGUCAUGAAAUAUAAAACAAAACGUAAUUUAUUUGUUAAACCAUUAUAGAAUUUGAAACUGAAAUUAAGUUAUUUUUAUCAUAACAGAAUUUGAUUAAUAGUCAAGUUUUUGUAGUUACAACAAAAAAUACAAAAUUUCGGGGUUUACACUCGAUGAACAAAACAUUGACCAAUACUACAAAUAUGUCAUUGAAACCGAAAAAAGUUGAUUUUGGACAAACUUGGGGUGUUUUGCAAGAAACUGUCAAAAGCGUUAUUACACUAGCUGAUGUCCCUCGAUCGACGUGGAAUGAUAGAUUUAGUGACGUUUAUUCCUUAUGCGUUGCAUACCCAGAACCCUUGGCAGAUCGUUUGUAUAAUGAAACAAAAAGAUUUCUGGACAAUCAUGUAACUCAAUUGCUAUCAAAAGUCCAAUCUCAAGGAGAAUCGGCAUUAUUACAAACUUAUCAUCGCUACUGGACGGAAUAUUCACAAGGAAUAAUUUAUUUACAUCGUUUAUAUUUGUAUUUAAAUCAACAACACAUAAAAAAACAGAAAAUAAAAGACGCCGAAUUAAUUUAUGGGUCGUCAACGCAAAAUAAUGCAGAUUGCCUAGAACAAAUGGAGAUUGGAGAAUUAGGUUUAGAUAUAUGGAAAAAGAAAAUGAUAGAGCCUUUAAAGAAGUCUUUAGUAUCUUUAUUACUUGAAGGAAUUCAUGCGGAUCGUAUGGGUGAAGCUCAAACAACAAAAACAGACGUAAUUUGUGGAGUAAUAGAGAGCUUUGUAGCAGUAGAAGCCUAUAAAGUAAAAGGAGAAUUAGAAUUAUAUCAAGAAAUCUUUGAAACACCAUUUUUAGAAACCAGUGGAGAAUUUUAUUCUCGAGAAGCUUCAGAACUUUUACAACAAUCUGAUGUUACAAAAUAUAUGGAACGAGUGACUUGGAGAUUAAUACAAGAAGACAUGAGAGCUCAUAAUUUUUUACAUCAUACAUCAGUGCCUAAGGUACGUCAGUGUUGUGAAGAAAAAAUGAUAGCUGGUCCUAUUCGUUGGCUUCAUGCAGAGUCAGCAACGAUGAUUGAAGAAGAACGUAAACGAGACCUAUCACUACUUUAUCCUUUAUUACGUUCUAUUCCUGGUGCUUUAUCACCUUUGAUAACAAAAUUAACUCAGCAUAUAACUCAACAAGGUUUAAAUGCCAUAGGCGAUCUUCAAGGUGAAAAUGUGCAUAUACAAUUUGUGGAAAAUAUGCUUAAUGUUCAUUCGAAAUACUCACAAAUGAUUGGAGUUGUAUUUAGAGGAGAUCAAGCGUUUAUGGCUGCUUUAGAUAAAGCCUGUUCGGCAGCUGUGAAUCAUCGACCCCCUAGGCAACCAGCUCGGGCACCAGAAUUAUUAGCUAAAUAUUGUGAUUCAUUGUUGAAAAAAUCCACAAAAGGAAUUUCGGAGUCGGAAAUUGAUAAAAAACUUGCCAAGUCAAUUACUGUGUUUAAAUAUGUUGAUGAUAAAGACGUUUUUCAGAAAUUUUAUGCCAGAAUGUUGGCUAAAAGGUUGAUCCAUCAGCAAUCUCAAUCUAUGGAUGCUGAAGAAACGAUGAUUGAUAGACUGAAGCAAAUGUGUGGUUAUGAGUUUACCAAUAAACUUCAUCGUAUGUUUACUGACAUGUCGGUUUCUGUUGAUUUGAAUGCAAAGUUUACUAAUAGUCUUCGUGAACGUGAUGCCGAAAAUCAACUUGGCAUUGGUUUUGUUAUUUAUGUGCUUCAGGCUGGUGCUUGGCCGUUAAGUUUACCAACAUUUCCAGGGCAAUUUCAUGUUCCUCAACAAUUAGAAAAAUCAAUUCAAGCAUUUGAAAGCUUUUAUCAUGAACAGUUUAGUGGAAGAAAGCUUACUUGGCUUCAUCAUUUAUCGCAAGGAGAAUUAAAGCUCAAUUAUUUAAAAAAACCGUACCUUGUAACCGUUCAGACUUAUCAAAUGGCUUUGUUAUUAUUAUUUGAACAAUGUGAUUCUAUGACCUUUAAUGAAGCAGCGGUUUCAUUGCGACUGCAUCAUGAUCAAUUGGUCAAACAUGCUGCUAGUCUUAUUGAUUGUAAAAUUUUGAAAAAAAAUACUGAAGGAGAAAUUAAAGAAGAUACUAUUCUUUCGCUAAAUCUUGAUUAUCAUAAUAAACGUACUAAGUUUCGUGUUACUGGAGCAUUGCAAAAGGAUGCACCACAUGAUGCUGAAGCCACACAUCGCAGUGUUGAUGACGACAGAAAACUUUAUCUUCAAGCAGCUAUUGUGAGAAUUAUGAAAAGCAGGAAACUGUUAAGACAUAAUCAGUUAGUUCAAGAGGUACUUGAACAAUCCAAAGUAACAUUUGCUCCGUCAAUUGGUAUGAUCAAAAAAUGUAUUGAGGCACUUAUCGAUAAACAAUAUAUUGAACGAACGCUUAAUGGUGCUGAUGAAUACUCUUAUGUCGCGUAAUCACUAAGAUAAUGAUAAUUGAUCUAAUUUUUAUUAUUAUUAACAUUACUAUUAUUAAUAUUACUUAAUUGGUAUUUUAUAAUACUUAACUGAUAAGCAAUCAAAUAAAUAAUUUAUUUUCUUGCUUGUAGAAUUAUACUCCUGCCAUGAUUUACAUAAAAAAAAUCGAAUAUACAAAUUGUAACUGAUAGUUCAUCUCUCGGAUUGCUAAGUGUAAAUAUCAUUGUAUUUACUUGAAUAAUGAUGCUAAUAUUCAUAAGUAUAAAACAAUAAUAAUAGUAGUAGUAAUAAUAAUAAAAAUAAAUAAUAAGUUUAAGAAUAGUGAUAAUAACAAUAGUAAAGAUAAUGACAUCAGG